AUGAUGGAAUCGAGGAAGAUUCCGAAACGUCAGCACCAAUACAGUGUGGUCCAUGGCAUCGCCUCUUUUUCUUCUUCGUCUUCUUUUGGGGAUGAUGAACGUGAUAAUCUAUCUGGACCUCGAAUCUUCACUCAUGUUGAUUUAUCCUAUGGGCGCACAGCCCUCCGAUCAGCACGCAGAUGGGAGACUUUUGCUAAACGAGAGUCAUCCACCUACGCGCAGCUGAAGUUCCUGCAUCGUUGCCUCGAGGAGAACGUCUUGCCGAAGUGUCUCCGAUAUAGCCUGCCAGUGAGGACUGACCUCUGCCAGCGGACAAUGGCAGAUUUCAAGAAGAAGAUGAUCCGAGUCUUGAUACAAGACUGCCACGCUCGCAUCCGUAAUUACCGACGAGCGAUAGAACAGUGUAUUUCCGCAUGCCGGUCAAUAGUCACCGCACACGAUCUGCAAAUGUUGGAAUCGACAAUACUCAGCAAUGCACGUUGCCACCGCAGGUUGCGCGACAACCAAUUGCUAGAGAAGUUCGAAAGAAUACGUCCACAAAUGGAGCCCUUUACUGACGGUGUCCUGGUUCACAACCUCUCGUCUCGUCGCCUCACACAACAACAGCUGGAGGUUUUAUCCUAUGAUGCCAAGUUCAACACCAGAGAUGCUCGACCGGAAGAUUUCAUCGCAUCCUUCGAGUCGGCCCUUCAAAAGUGUGAAGCCAACGAGGAGUACAAAAAUUCCAUGCGGCAGCAAGUGUCAACUCUUCUCCUCCAGCACAAACCUCAAAGGGUGAUUUCCGAAGCAGAAGACCGAGAACUUCUGAGAAUGCGGAAGAUGAGGGAUAUCGUCACCCUGCCCGCCGACAAGGGACGCUCGACGGUUGUCAUGGACAAAACCGAGUACACGACGAAACUGGAAGGUCUGUUGGAGGACGAAGUUGCCUAUAAGCUUUCGGAGACUGGAGAGUUCAAGAAGCACGUGAACAGUGUAAACAAGGCGAUAGACAAGUUAAGGAAGGCAGGAGCCCUCAAGAGGCAGGAAGCACUGGCCGCAAAAGCCACCGAUGCCGCCAUGGCGCGCUUCUACGGUCUGCCAAAAGUGCAUAAACCGGUAGUACCUCUACGCCCCAUAGUCUCAUUACACGGCACCCCGACCUUUGGACUGUCGAAAUGGCUUUACCAACGAUUCCGUUUCCUGACCGGGGAUUCCGAAUGGACGGUGAAAUCGGCUGAGCAGUUUUUGAGGAGUAUCAGACAUCUAGAAAUAGAGUCAGACGAGAUGAUGGUAUCGUUUGAUGUGGUCUCCUUAUUCACCUCCAUUCCAAAGGACCUUGCCAUCAGCACCAUUAACGAGCUUCUUCAGGAGAAGUACGAUGAAACUGAUCAACGGCUUAAACGAACGCACGUCAUCGAACUCCUGGAAUUGUGCCUCAGAACUUUCUUCACUUUCAACAACCGGAUUUACGAACAAAAGAAGGGAACACCCAUGGGCUCCCCGCUGUCUGGACUGAUUGCCGAGGCUGUUCUACAGAGGCUCGUGCGACUGGUCUUCCGUUCGUACUCCCCAAAAUUCUGGGCCAGAUACGUCGACGACACAUUUGUCGUAAUCAAGAGGAACGACGUUCAGGACUUCAAAGUCUUGUUGAACUCAAUAUUCCCCGACAUCCAAUUCACAAUGGAAAAGGAGUACAACAACCAGUUGCCCUUCCUUGACGUAAACAUCACAAGAAUGGCUAAUGGGGGGAUCAGAAGUACGGUAUACCGAAAGGCAACGAAUACCAGACGCAUCCUCCAAUUCCGGAGUAACCAUCCCAUCGGUCACAAACGCAGUUGUGUCAGAGCUCUUUUCCAACGAGUUCAAACACACUGUAAUGACAACGACGGGAUAAGGGAGGAAGUGAAGUACCUGCAUUCCCUAUUCACAGCCAAUGGUUACCCACGACCCUUCAUACGUGAGUGCCGAAGAGGAUUUAACCGCGAACGAUCUAACGACGAGAAGCCGAACUUCUGGCUCGCAAUCCCCUACAUGAGGAAUGUUUCUGAGGCGACAGCAAGAAUCCUGAGCCCUUUUGGGAUUGGGGUGGCCCAUAAACCGGAAUCCACCAUCAGACAGCAGAUAAUGAGGCCCAAAGACCAGCUACCUGCAACGGAACAGUCAGCAGUGGUCUACAGCAUACCUUGCCAAGAUUGCGGUGCAAGGUAUGUUGGUAAAACGGGCAAACGCCUCUGCACAAGAUUGCACGAGCACCAGCUUGCAUUCAACCGCGAGGAUAAGCUGUCCCUGGUAUAUGGCCACAUACAACAGGAGAAGCACAGUUUCGCCUUUGGGGAGGCGAGCAUCAUCGGCCGAGCGAGCGACAAGAUGGCCAGACUGGUUCUCGAAAGUUGGUCCUCAGUUGACACAAUAAACAGAGCCAUUGAUCUUCAUCCGGCCUACCAGGCCCUUCGUACGAGGCUCCAGUCAGCUCGGACGGGGCCGACAGCACUGGCGAACAAAUCGUGGCUCUCUCAACAGUUGUCACCUUCCCAGCAGGGGGAGAGAGCCAGCCGGGUGUCAGACGACCGACGCGAGAUAUCGACCCACCGACGCGCCCAAACAGCCGACCCCGAUUCCCACAUGCAACGGCAGCUGAUCAGCCCGUCAAAUUAUGGGGGGAGGGCCCAAGGGCACACGGACCUAGCAGCGACAACAGCGGCCGGGCAGGGGGCAGAGGUCACACCAGCGCCCCAGCGGUCGGCCACGGAGAGACCUAAGCCAAUCCCCCGCCAGCAGGCAGGUCAGAGUUCAUGUAGCAGGCAUGCCUAUAACACGAGACAGGCGGCGAGACAGAACAACUCUGAGCUAGCAGGAACAAACACCCUACCACUACUCUGAUGAUGGAAUCGAGGAAGAUUCCGAAACGUCAGCACCAAUACAGUGUGGUCCAUGGCAUCGCCUCUUUUUCUUCUUCGUCUUCUUUUGGGGAUGAUGAACGUGAUAUAUAUAUAUAUAUAUAUAUAUAUAUAUAUAUAUAUAUAUAGUGAGUGGGCUAACUCAUAAAAUGUAAAGCGAAAUAUCGUAAUGCUUCUUUGUCUCGAAAAGAUUAAUUAAGUAGGGUUCCAAAACUGAUCAUCGUGCAGAAUAAUUCAAUAGUCAUUCAGUUAUUUUAGGAUGUCGGCUUUCGGACGACCUUCUUUCCAUUUGCAUGCAAAAAGCAUACUCUACAAAAAAUGACUACUUGAUCAGCAUGCAUUUUUCUCAUCGAUUUUGGAUGUCCUUAGAUGCUCAAUUAUAUUUCACAGAAAUCAUGCCUAAAAUAUUCAUUCCUUUGCUAAUUCGGUACUAAAUGACGUCUUCUUCCAAUUUAUAUAAACCAUCCUCCCUAGAAAAUGGCGAGGAGGAGGCCAGUUCAAGGACGAACUAUAUUUUGUAAGAGAUUUCGCGAAUUACCUCGUCACUGGAAUCAAAGUGGUGUGGUGGCUGUCGCCGUUUCCCUUUUUCCACUUAACGUCAUUGCUUGCCUAGCAGUAUAGCUGCGCUCGACUCACGACGUUUGACUUGCUCAUUUGCUGCCGACAUGCUUUAACCCCCCCCCCCCCGUGGACGACAGCUGGCAGCCUGACAUUACCUUUGUCUCCUUUGCGGCCGUUAUUUACCGUCACAUAAACGUGCCUGUUCGCCGCCUCCCCCUCAUCAUCCGACGCACUGAUUAGUUAUUACUGCUCGAGAGAAUCGCCCUGAGCCUCGCGUGCUCUUCAAUGAGACGGCGUUACAUGCUGACCACCUGACCGUCGGCUGUCUCUUCCCCCCCCCCCCUUCUCCGUAAACGUCAGCUGAUUGUCCCACGUGACUUUAAUCACCUGUGCUGUCCGAAUUUAGUUCGGCCUGGCUGCAAGUUCAUGGUUCGGUUAAGUGUGCCGGUAGAGGACUAAAUUUGAGUCCCGAUCUGAUCAUCGUCUCAUUGGCUUAGCAGAUGCCAUCCGCAUUCUCAAUUUCGUCAUUGACUGACCAGUACGCCGGAUGACGAGGGAGAGGCGAACAAGCUUGCUGAUUUGGCUGAAUCUGACACGCGCAAAGGGGACAAAGAUAACACCAGCUCUUUAGCGGUUGACUACGGCGAGAUAAAAGAGAGUCCGCAGAAAACGGUCAGGUCAAGCGUCGGGCAUCAAACACGGUUAUAAAGCGGGGCAGGCGAUGAGGCUGAGCAAAUAGGGACAAACUGGAACAGCCACCACACCACUCUGAAGAGCGGAAGAGGAAGUUUCCGCAACAUCGGCCCAUGAACCCGCCGGUUCUUCGUUAUUUUCUGAGGAUGAUGAACGCGACAAGAUAUCUGGGCCUUUAGUCUUCACGCGUACAUAUAUAGAAACAUUAAGGAAAACGGGCAUCCCAAGACACGUCAUUUCCGAGUCUGGUCCCUUAGAUCUUCGUCAGACUUAUGGGUCAUGUACAAAAACAGUUAACUAUUUGACCGACCACCAGGUGAGUUGAAUGCUGCUGUGUAGACUGUGUCUGCUCAUCAUUUCCAUUUCAGCAAAGAACUGGCCCAGUUGCUAGUUAACCUUAUAGGUAUGCGGUGGCAUGGCUACUGUAUCCUAUAAAUACUGCAGCCGCAUGUGCAUGAGCCACCCUUAUCUGCUUAUGUCUCUGAUGAUGGAUUCGAACAGGAAUCCGAAACGUCAGGCUAAUAAAGCUCUUGUCCCGGCGAUCGUGUCUUCUUCUUCAAUAACCUUCUAGUCGCCGCCGCCGACGACGAGGAUGCCUCCGUUGAAAACCGAUGGUACCAACUGAGAAACACAGUCCAGUCGACCGCCGUGGAUGUCCUUGGCCAUGCACGUUUUCAGCACCAGGAGGAGUUCAACGACGCCGCCAUCAGCAGUCUGCUUGCCAAGAGGAACCGGCUGCACAAAACCUACGUCAACCACCUUACUGACGCAAACAAAGCAGCCUUCUAA